AUCUCUUUAAAUGACAAUAGUGACAGCGAAACUUCAAGUGUCUGUAAUAGCGACGAGAGUGAUGUCAGUGGAGUCCUACCAUUAUCCACAUAGAGAUGCAGCACAAACGGACUCAGCGACACGUCUGGAGUGCGCAGUUUGCACUUGGAAGCCGCUUCCAGAACAACAUCGGCAGCAGGUCUUCCCGAACGGCACCCUGAUUGUGAAAGACAUUCAAAAAGUCAUAGACGAAGGUGGUUACGUAUGUAUAGCGACAGAUCCCGACGGAAGCACUGCCAGGAGCAAACUUAAUGUCCAAGUUACUGAGGCACCAGAAAUUGAUCCAAUAAUAGUAAAACCAGACCUCCAAGAAGGCAUGCGGAUGAAUCUAAUGUGUGUUGUCAGCAAAGGGGACUUCCCGAUUGCUAUACAAUGGCUAAAAGAUGGAGUAGCAAUAAAUUAUGAACAAGGAGUGUCUGAGAAUAGUUUUGAUGAGUAUUCGAGCACCCUCAGUUUCAACAGCCUUAUGAUGAAACAUACAGGAAAUUACACUUGUCAGGCAUCAAAUGCUGCUGCUUCAAGGAACUACACAGUGGAAGUGGUUGUUAAUGGUAUCACCUUUAGUAGCAAUUUAUAGUAUUCAACUAAUUU